CAAACCUUCUCCACCUCUCCUUUUUACUCCAUUACAAGUUGAAAUAACCCCACUCUCCACUCUCAGCUCUCCAAUUACAAAACCAAGAUCACCACUAACCUCCACCCCCAAAUCAUGGAAACCAAACCGCUACUUACCAACCCGACCAAUCACCCGGUCGCCGCCGGCCGCCGCGACGAGUGGAGCGAAGGGGCCGUGGACUGCCUCCUCGACGCCUGCGAAUCCAAAUGGGAGCUACGCAGCCGGGCCAAGCUCAUGGGCCGUGACUGGGAUGACGUUGCCCGUCGAGUCUCGGCACGGGCCGACGGGUCCCGGCCCGCUAAAACGCCGUCGCAGUGUAAGAAUAAAAUCGACUCAAUGAAGAAGCGAAGCCGGUCGGAGUUCGCCUCAACGGUGGCCGGGGAAAGGGGAGGAGGGUUUUCGCGGUGGCCGUUAUUUGGCGGGAUUCAAAGGUUGAUGUGCUGUAAGAAUGAUGGUGGUGGUGCUUUGGAGCUUGAGGGAUCGCCGGUGGCCGCAGUGUUGGUUCCGACUGGUGGAGCUCCGGCUAUGAAUGGUUGCGUGGCGGCGGCUAAGGAACCUCUAGAAGGCGAAGGAAAGAACAAAGAACAUAACCAAGCUCAAAUGGAUGCAGAGCACAGCAAGCCAACAAACGAAGCCUACAAAGAGAGAGAAGACGAAGAGAAGAAGAAGAAGAUGUUGACGAAGAAGAAUAAGAAGAAGAGGAAGUUGCAGGAAAGGGAGGAAGGAGAUGAAUUUGAGGUUAUGGAAAGCAUCCAGAGUCUUGCUGAGAUUGCACUCAAGGCAGAUCAACUAAGAAUGGAAGCCAUGAGAGAUGUGGAGAACAUAUGGGCUCAAGCUGAAGCCAAGAAGGGAGAGCUUGAUUUGAAAAGAACUGAAAUUACAGCUAUAACUCAGUUAAAAAUUGCAAGGCUUCUUUGUAGGAGGGCAGGCUGAUGUAAUUUACAUUUAAAUUUGCCUCUAGUUCCAAUAAGCAACAAAAUUCAUCAUUUUGGCUCUGGAGGCAUAUUUAAUUUAUUGUGAACAGAAGGCAUAUAUUAAUGAACUAUGAAAUUUAUUAAGAAGAUUUACAUACAUAACCACUCAAUUCCUACGUAUUUACAUAUCUAUCACCUAAACCUCUAU